GAACAGGUGGCCCAGUGACACGUCACCAUGGCGCCCUUCUUGCGGAUCACCUUCAACUCCUACGACCUGGGUGUUCUGUCCCCCCUGGCCCCUUCUGAAACCCCCUUCUGUGCCAUCAAGAUGAAGGAGGCCCUCACCACCGGUGAGAAUCUGACUAUUACUAUAGUUACUAGUGUGUUAUAGUAGGAAUAUAUUAGUCCCAUUGUCCCAUACAGUUAUAUUGUAACCCUGUCAUUAAAUACUGUAUACUGUAUGUCCUAUGAAAGUCAUGCACGAGGACCAGUGUGGUACAGAUAUGCAGGUUUUUAGAUUGCUAGACAAGAGUAUGAAAGAAAUCAAUCUCUAUCUAACCUCUCUUUCUAACCUCUAUCUAACCACUCUCUCUCUCCUUCCCUCUCUCCCUCCUUCUCUCCAGAGCGUGGUAAGAUGCUGGUUCAGAAGAAGCCCACCAUGUUCCCAGCCUGGAAGGCCAGCUUCGACGCUCACAUCUACGAGGGGCGUGUCCUGCAGGUGCUGCUGAUGAAGACCGCCGAGGAGCCAUUGGCCGAAGUCACAGUGGGCGUGUCUGUCCUUGCCGAGCGCUGCAAAAAGGCCAACGGCCGCGCUGAAUUCUGGGUAAGAGGGACUGUGGCUACAGUGUGAUUCUCUACUGUCCUGCAUGAAUUGUGUGUCUAACUUUCAGAUGAUUGUGUGUGUGUGUGUUCAGGUGGACCUGCAGCCCUCAGGGAAGGUGAUGAUGGCAGUGCAGUACUUCUUGGAGGGAGCAACUGAUACAGGUGAGACUCAGGAGAUGAAGCCCACCUCUCAUCUUCUCAUCCUCCUCUGUUCCCCUCCUAUCUGGUCUGUUUUUGAUGUAUAUUUUAAAUGUCAUGUUUGUCACUCUGAAGCUGUCUGUCUGUUGCCUUGGUUCUCAUCUGUUCAAUGCUAAUUUUUGGAGUACAGACGGAGCAAGAGGUAACAGAGCAGACUGUUUGUUUGUGUGUGUGUGUCAGAAUGGACAGAGAGGACUUGGAGAGAUUGGGAGUAAAUGUCCACUGCAUUGAAUCAUAUCUACAGAAUAAGCCCCAGAGUCCCUGGUCCCCUGUUCUAAAGUCUUUAUCUUUUUUAAAAUCUCUACUGUGUGUACGUGCUAUCUAUUCCCCUCUCAUUUGUCUCACUCAAGCACACAUACACACACACACACAUACACACACACACACAGAAACACACACACACACAUUAUUGCAGUCAUGUAUAGGUCUUGUAUAUGAAAACCUGUCUGUUGGGUUUUCUAAACAUAGUUCUCUAACUGGCUGCUCUGUAAGGUUUUGCCUGUUUUCUCAUACCAACAGUGGACCAAGCACUCCAAAUGUUGUCACUACUAUUCCUAACGCAACAGUAAUGGUUCUUAACCAUAACGCUCUGCUGUUAGCCUGACUCUCUCCCUGUCACCCAUAGAGGGCAAGCCCACGAAGGAGGAGGAAGGGGGUCCCACCAUAAACCGCAGACGAGGAGCCAUCAAACAGGCCAAGAUCCACGAGGUCAAAUGUCACGAGUUCAUCGCCACCUUCUUCAGACAGCCCACCUUCUGCUCCGUCUGCAGAGAGUUUGUCUGGUCAGUUAUUCAAUCUGUCCAGCCGUCUGUCCUCAUGGCUCUUUACUCCUAGCUCUACUUUCUGUGGCUUCAUGCUAACCGAAGUGAUUCCGUAUUUACAAGUUGUAUUAUCAGUUCCAAUCUAAUUUAAGUGGCAAUGUCUUGGUCGGUCUACUUUAUACUGAGAGACUGAGUGGAGCGAUAAGAUAAGGCAAUGUCUUAGUAUAGCCUCUGAUCUCCUCCUAUCUAUCUAACUUUAGGGGUUGGUGUCUCGGGGAGCGGGUCAGAAGUCCUGCAUUGUCUGGAAAUAACCACACAAUAUCAACAUUUAGCACUGUAUUUGCAAAAUCAGCACAGCUUCCACUACUAGUCAUUUAUUUUCAACCUGUAGUGUGUUCUACUAGAACAGGUUGUGUCUGUAGAGAGGGUGGAAGAGUCUCUGUGUGCUGCUGUAUUAACAUUAGACCUGUCAUCUAUAUACUACAUUCUCACAUUGUCUCCGUUCAUCCUCACUGGCCCUCCACAAUCUCUCACUCCCGUACCUUUGUAUUCUACAGGGGGCUCAACAAGCAAGGGUACAAGUGCAGACGUAAGUGUACAAUAAUGUGGACAACCUACUGCUAUACAACCACAUACACACAACUUCAUAGAUCCACAUCUAUAAAAACUGUAGUUAUAAACACUACCUCAAUGCAGAGCAGAUUAUACAGCCCUACCAGUGACUUCAAUAUCUGCCUGUAUGAACAGUGCUCACCUGCCAUUAAUGUACUCCUUAUCCCUUCUCUCCCAGAAUGCAAUGCAGCUAUUCACAAGAAAUGCAUCGACAAGAUCAUCGGCAGGUGUACGGGCACGGCAGCCAACAGCCGGGACACUGUGGUACGUUGGGACUACUAAUUAAUUAAUUAAUUAAUAAACGUAUUUACUUGUCCAUGUGUCAAUCCAAUGUGGAGUUUACUCCCUAUGAGUUUUCUGUUCCAUUCAAACAUGAGGGAAUCUCCAUUCACGCUAACGUAAGGGGUGUGUUCUGAGUGAGAGAGGGGCUUAUAUAAGGUCCUCUCUAGACUAGAGAGAGCAGGAGAGGAGACCAAGAGAAAGUGUGCCUGUCAGUCUAUGGAGAGAGAGAGAGAGAGAGAGAGAGAGAGACUCCCUCCCAGGUGUCGCCCCACUCCCUCCCAGGUGUCGCCCCCUCUCUAGACUAGAGAGAGCAGGAGAGGAGACCAAGAGAAAGUGUGCCUGUCAGUCUAUGGAGAGAGAGAGAGAGAGACUCCCUCCCAGGUGUCUCCCCCCCCCCCCCCCCCCCCCCCCCGGUACUGAUGGAUCUGGUUGUUGAUGAGUUGUGUGUGCCUCCAUCACAGUUCCAUAAGGAGCGCUUUAAGAUUGACAUGCCACACCGCUUCAAGAACCACAACUACAUGAGUCCCACCUUCUGUGACCACUGUGGCAGUCUGCUGUGGGGCCUGGUGAAGCAGGGCCUGAAGUGUGAAGGUAAGGAGCUGUGUGUGUGUUGUGUCUGCAUUGUCAUUGUAUUUAACUGGAUACUGUAACUCUUCUAUGCUCUCCUAGAUUGUGCCAUGAAUGUGCAUCAUAAGUGUCAGGAUAAAGUGGCCAACCUUUGUGGAAUCAACCAGAAACUACUGGCUGAAGCACUUACUCAAGUUAGCCAGGUGAGUGAGGGAGCUGGUUGUGUGUAUGUGCAAGCGUGCAGGCAUGUGUGUGGAAGUGUGUUCUUGCAAGUGUGGGUGUGUGUGUGUGUUAGUGCAUGUAUGUAUAUUUGUGUGUGCGUGAAUGUGUGUGUGUGUUGACAGAUGUUACUGAAUGUGUGUGAAUGACACCUGACCCAGAUCUAGCUGUAUGGCUAUGGGAACCUGAGCUUCUUGUCCUGGGCCCAGUUUUAAAAAAGUUCCGGAUUUCGGCUAUCGGAUAGGAUUAAAUGCAUAGAAAAAUAAUGAAUAGACCGGGGGUCCCCAUUAAAGUCAAUGAUUUGUCCGUUCCAUUCAUUCUAUUUCUAUGCAUUUAAUCCUAUCCAUCGGUGAAAUCCAGAUAGAUAACCUUUGAAAAACUAAGCCCUGGUGUGUUUAAGUUCAGGAAGACUUGUUGAGGUGCUGAGGCAUCCAAUAACACUAAUGCUCCUUAUCAUGGCCCUGUCUAGCCAAUAGCAAUCAAUAACUAUCUUCCCCUGGACACUAUGUUUAACUAUCAUGUUAUGACUAUGGUCUGACUGAAUAAGCUGCUAUGUCAUUCUUAUGUCAGCAUUAUGUAGGCCUUAUAACAGUGUGGUCAAAUGAAAUGCUCAAUAACCGUCAACUACAGUCUUUUACAGCACUGUCCCUGUGCCAAUCAUAUCCCCCAUACAGUGUAUGCAUCUUGGUUUAUGGGUAUCUGUCAAUGGUGACAACGAAGGUGUAUUUAUUUGUUUCUCCCUCUCAUCACCCUUCUGUAUGCAUAUUAUCUCUCCCUUUAUCUCUUUUAUGUCUUUCAGAAAUCCUCCACUCGGCGCUUGGACCCAACCCUACCUGACCCAGAUAUAGGGGUCUAUGAGGAAGUCAAUAGGAAUUCCACUAGUGGUCUGGAUGUCAAUGGUCAGUCUGUGUGUGUUUGAUUUCAUGAACAUAUUUGAUGAGGUGUUAUGUUAAAUUCACUGAAAUCAAGUUUGUGUGGAUGCUUUGGAGUAAAAUAUGUUUUUAUAUAUAACGUUCAUUAUAAUGAUGAUGAUGAUGAUGACCAUUGUGAUGAUGACCUUAUAACCUGUGUGUGUUCCCCAGACGGCCCCCCUUAUGGCAGGCUGUGGGAGGGCUCCAGCCCGCGCCCCCCAUCUCGCCUCACCCACCUGACACUCAUCAACGUAGACAACUUUGUCUUUCACAAGGUCCUAGGCAAGGGCAGCUUUGGCAAGGUAAGCCUGGUACAGCAGACAUUCAGGAUUCCAGAGCAGUAAAGGUCACCACAGUACAGUUCACAUACAGGAAAGCAGUAGGGACAACAGACUUUAAUAUUACCACCAAUAUAAUAUUGAAUCAGGCUCUCCCCUCUUCUUUUGUUUUCUCUUCUUUUCCUCUCUUCUUUCCUUUAUUCUGUUCUUAUCCUCUCUUCUCAUGUUCUUCCCUCUACUGUCCCUCCUCUCUUCAACCCUCCCUUCUCUCCCAGGUCCUGCUGGCAGAGUUGAAAGGUCAGGGGGAGUGGUUUGCGGUGAAGGCUCUGAAGAAAGACGUAGUGCUGAUGGAUGAUGAUGUGGAGUGUACCAUGGUGGAGAAGAGAGUCCUGGCCUUGGCCUGGGACAACCCCUUCCUCACACACCUCUACUCCACCUUCCAGUCCAAGGUACGGACUGUAACCCUACACCCACUCCUCGCUCCCCUUUUUGUGUGUCAUUCUUGUUAUUUUACACCGUUUUUUUCUGAUUAGCAUUAGUAAUACCGAUAAGGGUCUACAAAAGCUGUCUCCAAUAAGAAGUGAUGUAAACACAUCAACUCGCUAUCAUAGCUUAUUACACUACUACUGUACUAGGUAGCUUUACAGUAUGUGUUAUGAUGCCUGACCUUGACCGUGUUUUCCACAGGAACACCUGUUCUUUGUCAUGGAAUAUCUGAAUGGAGGAGACCUGAUGUUCCAUAUUCAGGAGAAGGGACGCUUUGACCUCUACAGAGCAACGUGAGUUUCGCCAGUCACACAGACAGAGAUCAAUACACACCCCUAAUGUCACUAUUACUCAUAGAGACACAGACACUCACCACCAAUACUCUGAUGGAAACCAGACAGCCAUAAAGCAAAGACGGUGUUUACACAGUGUGAGACUGUGGCUGUGUGUUAUGGGGUUAUGGGCUUUCCCUGCUACAUACAGGGAAAUGGUGCAUUGGUGGAUUUUGGGUUAGUCACCGUCCAUGGGUAGCUGUUCGCCAAUGCGAAGGAGUGUGUGUGUCUCUGUCUGUCAGUGUGACUGUAUUUGUUUUUGCAGGAGUCCCACAAGAGAAAGACUGAUGUGUAUAGAUUCAGAUAGUUUGAGUGAGGUCAAACACAGAGGAGGUACAGAGUCUCGUGGCUGUUGAGCCCUUCUGAGUGUGGAUCUGAAACGGGAUGUUAAACUAACUGGUGCUUAGUUAUAGUGGUGUUCAAGUUUUUCAGUCGUUAGGCGCCUCUAUCCCCUCUAUGCUCAGGACAGGUGAGAUGACAGGAGACAUUCACUUCUCCACUGUUGCCAGCUAUACCUGAUCCAGCAUUGGCAUCUGCUCCUACUGUCCUCACACACUCUCCCUGGUCCUCACCGACAGUUUCAGAGUGGGAGAGAGAUGUUCACCUCUCUGCUCUUGUUUUAUUAAUCAUUAACUAAUUGUGUGUUUGUGUGUGUGCGUGUGUGUGUGCAUUUGCGCACCACACAAGCUGGCAGCGCAGAAUGGAAAGUCUUGUGGGUUUGGUUUCCUGGUUAUGUAAUAUUUUUCCCUGGGCAGAUUGGUAAACUGCUGAGUUUCCAAUGAGUCCCACUAUCACAGAACAAUAAACCUGUUCAUGUAUCCACUAAUUGACCUCUUAACCCAAUGGCACAAAGACAGUGGGCGACGCCCUAAACACACUUAACACACAACAGUAAAACCCAAUACACACUGUUUCUUACUGAGUUGCCUCUUCACCAUUUGGCAUACUAUUGUGUGGUUCCCCCAGAAUAGUACAGUGUGUGUCUACAUGCAUAUGUGUGUGUGAGUGUAUAUGGGUCAUUCCACCAAUAGAGUGCCUUUUGGGUAGUGUAAUUUGGUUUAAAACAAUUAAAGUUUAACCUACUUUUAACAUACGGUCAUAAAGACCACAUGUUCUUCAUAAAAAACAUGUUUUCCCAUCUCAAGAGGUUAAAUAAAAAAAGUACUUUAGUAAGUGCCAAAUAAAGUAACAGGGUUGACCCUAACACGGUUGAUGUUUUCAACGAUAAAUCCCCUUGUGACAGAGGGAAUGGAAGCUUGUUGUGUGCAACACGGAGGGGCAAUUAAAAGUUCUGUUCACGUAACAGGGUUGACCUUAAAAUGAGGGACAGACAUAAAUAAAUCACUAAUCACAUGAAAUAAAUAAUAAUCUUCAGAAAUGACUUUGUCAAAGCAACAAAAUAACUAGGGCUUUACAAUGAUGGUGAACAUUUGGGGGUUAAGUGUGUUAAAAUCUUCCAAUAAGUCAGAAAAACAUGGUAUUUUAACACGUUUUUAUUCAUAUAAAAAAUCGGAUUAAUUGAUUUUCCAUGUGGUUCAUAUUAAAGGGCACAUCAUUUAAUAUAACAGGCUUUUAAAAAUCAAUAUUGGUGCACAAUUUCAACUUAAAAUAUCAAAGGUACUCUAUUCGUGGAACAAACUACCCAUAUGAUGGUGUGUGUGUAGCCGUUUGAUACCAGGACAUCUUAGAUACGGCUGAUGCGUGUGAUAAUACCUACUUGUGUGUGAGUGAGAGUCAGACGAGAAACCUGUCUGGACAAAGCUUACUUCCUGUCAAUCAUUUAAUCUCUCAAUCCCAAUCAAUCAUCAGCAACAAGAGCAUACAGAGUCUCUCUCCACCCAUGCAAGAGUUGAAAAGAGAAGCAGGUCAGAGAUACUGUAGGCUAAUCCUUCAGCUGUGGCUAGGCUGGGGCCCACUGGGCCAGGAGCACCUCUCAGGUUUCACCCUACAGUAUGAGGCCAUUGUUCAGCUGUCUUCUCUGAGCACCACUCUAUACAAAAUGGCCUCUUCAAUAAUGCAGUUAUCUACACACUGGACUGGAGUCGUCAGGGACAGACAGCAGUGUUCAGGGACCAACUCAAUAGGAAAGUAGAUAGAGUAGUACUCUGCUGCCAGCUAGCUGGAUCUCUAGAGUGUGUAGUGAUGUUUCUCUCUUUUUCCUCCCUCCAGGUUCUACUCUGCUGAGAUCAUAUGUGGCCUUCAGUUUCUGCACUCCAAAGGGAUCAUUUACAGGUAAAUCGCAAAUGCCAUCAUCAGCACUCUAAUGUACACUCACUAACUUCUUACUCACUCAAUCACAUUACCAUACAGAUAAAAGAAAAUGGCCAGAGCCCUUCCACCAAGGAUUGAUAUAGUGAUAGUGUCACGUUGUGGGACAGUGAGUAUGUGAUUAUUAGCUGUGCUUUUCUAUACUGUCACAACUCUAGUCACCCUCUCAACCUUUCGACACCACACAUUUCUUCCCAUCCUGUCUUCCCUCCAAUUCUCCCUCACCUGUUUUGUCUUUCUGCCCUCAGAGACCUGAAGUUGGACAAUGUGAUGUUAGAUCAUAGCGGCCAUGUAAAGAUAGCAGACUUUGGCAUGUGUAAGGAGAAUGUGUUUGGAGAGAGCAUGGCCACAACCUUCUGUGGGACUCCUGACUACAUCGCUCCAGAGGUAUGGGACACAGACAUACACUUUUAGAAAAAAGGGUUCCAAACGGUUUCAAUGGCUGUCCCCAUUUUGAGAAUCCUUUUUGGUUCCAGAUAGAACCCUUUUUGGUUCCAGGUAGAACUAUUUUGGGUUCCAUGUAGAAACCCUCUGUGGAAAGGGUUCUACAUGGAACUCGAAAGGGUUCUACCUGGAACCAAAAAGGGUUCUUUAAAGGGUUAUCCUAUGAGGACAGCCGAAGAACCCUUUUAGGUUCUAGAUAGCACCUUUUUUUUCUAAGAGUGUACUGUAUACAUGGCUGCAUCUCAUGACACCCUAUUCCCUAUUUAGUACCCUACUAUUGACCAGAGCCAGAGUAGUGCACUUUAUAGAUGGGUUAGGUGACAACAUCACAAAAACGAUGCGCACACUUCAAUAGGGCAGAAGUCUGUGUCUGUGUUUUGAUUCUGGAUGGCCAGAUAGCUAGCAACAAUGACAAGAAGCUGCCAUGUGUGGAAUCGUAGGUGGCUCGUUUCAGAUAGUUUUAUCUUGUUCUUGUCUUGUUUUGAGGUGUUUGGCUGAUGUCAAGUUUAUGCUAAUAUAGCAACAUUUUGGAAGCUAGCUAACCAACAACUGUGAUGAUGUAUUUGAGAGACAAGUGCUCAUUGUGCAAAUGUAUUUAUGUUUUCAAUAAACAUUGGAGACUAAGUACAGUUUACAUGUUGUCAACAAUCUAAGCCAACCCGGUCUGUUUUGCCCCAUAGUUGCGCACGCGGCGGUUUUAAUGCUAAACAACCAACCUGUCUAUAGGAAAUAGGGUAUUAUUUAAGAAGCAAUCACUGUGAGUAUAUCUUUGCGAGUGUCUCACUAUGAUGAUGUCACUGACCGUGUCUUUCUAUCUGAUGACGUCACUUUUAGAUCCUGCUGGGUCAGAAGUACUCCUUCUCCGUGGACUGGUGGUCGUUCGGGGUGCUGCUGUACGAGAUGCUGAUUGGUCAGUCACCCUUCCAUGGUGAUGACGAGGACGAGCUUUUUGAGUCUAUCCGCACGGACACGCCACACUACCCUCGCUGGAUCACCAAGGAGGCCAAGGACCUGAUGGAGAAGGUUUGCUCACCCCCAUUCCCUCCUCCCAUACAGUGUUCCUAUUCUGCCUCGGAGUCUGUUUCUCUCCUCCAUUGUGUGUUUUUAUCCCUUACUCACUGUUUCUUUCCUCCACCGCUGCAGCUGUUUGAGAGAAACUCCACUCGCAGGCUAGGCAUCGUUGAUAACAUCCGUGUCCACCCCUUCUUCAAGACCAUCAGCUGGCCCGCCCUGGAGAGGCGGGAGGUGGAACCCCCCUUCAAACCCAAAGUGGUACGGUCUAGACAUGAGGUUUUAUAGUAAUGAUAUAAAACAGUUGUAAUAUAUAGGCCUACCAUAAUAUAACACACAGUAUUUGGGGUAGUUUCAAAGAGGAGAAGAGCCAUUCAUGUAUCUAAUCAAAGUUCUACAGUAAUUCAACUACUGAAUGCUCAGUAGAAAUCAGGCAUGUGCUGUUCAUAAUUUGAUUAAUCACUGAUUGUCUCCAUGUAUCACUUGUCCUCCCUACUGAUUGACAUCUCUCCUGCCAAUCACAGAAAGCCCCCAACGACUGCAGCAACUUUGACCGGGAGUUCCUCAGUGAGAAACCCUGCCUUUCCCAUGGUGACAAGAACUUCAUGGAUUCCAUGGACCAAUCAGCUUUCGCCGGGUUCUCCUUCAUCAACCCAGAGAUGGAGCACCUCCUGGAA